AUGGGUUGUGGAGCAUCAAAAGCGGGUCCUUGUGCUUUCGUUCAAGUUCCCUGCACCGGUAAGGCCAGGGUAAAGACUUAAAGCUUUUUUUAAAAAACUGCUCGAGGUUUUUUGGGUGUCGUCCUCUUGAUGCAAGCUUGUGUCGUACAUGCAAGCUUACCACUUCCGAUAAAGACUUCAGAUUUUUUCAUUCAUAAUUAACAUAAUCAAAAUUGCUUAUUCAAUGUGAAAGUUGGUCAUUUCAAGAAGAAAGAGAGAAUUUUUUUUCUUACAUCAAAAAAGCAUCAAAAUACGCCCGAAAGAAGACAAGACAUAUAUUUGUUUUUUCCACGGUUUUGAAGUUCAACAAAGAUUCAAACGCCGAGCAAAAAAUUUCCGAAUAAAGAUCAGUAAACACAGAAAAAGAUAAAAGCUCUGAUUUGCGUUCUCUAGGUUUUCUGUAAGUAUUAGCCUCAUAAAGUAUUUCUUGCUUUACAGGUAAAGGUCCAAGCAGGUUGAACAGCACAACCGCGAAAAACAGGAAAGCGUGUAAACCCUUGCCAAAAACAACCAAGGCAGCAGAGUUAAGAAGACAAGCCAACGAAGCUAAACUUAGUAAGUUAAACAAAAAAGUUGCUCAUUUAACUCCUAGCAACUAUUUAGUUUUUUGUAAUUUUUUAGAUAAACGAGAAACUUUUAUGUUUGUGUAUGAAAUAUAUCGUCAUGUUAAUUUAUUUGUAUUAGUUUCCUUGCCUUAUUUUUCUCUGGGUUAUAAUAUCAAAUUCUGGCUAACAGAAUCUCCGGUUAAUUUUCGUAAUAUUUUAAACUCAUUGCUGCCAUUUUGCAACCCUUUAGAACUGAUUUCAAUCACUUUCUGAUUAAAUCAAGCCCAUAGCCUAUGGCUGAUUUUGUAUUUUAACGUGAGGAAAAGUGAACCUGUUUACACAGGUUUCAGCUCAGAUGCUAUAUGGGUCUCAAAAAAGACAAACUUUGGUAUAAAUAUGAGAAACUCUAUGUGCUACUGAAGCAAAAGCUUUCUUGUGUUGGUAUUAGUCUUGAGAUGAACAUCAGGGGUGGUAAUGGGAAGACAAUAUACUACAGGAUCCUCUAUCCAGAGCCAAACCGUAAAUCCGUCAAAACAUGAUACUGAAAUUCAUAUUAUGAAGUUAUGAAUAUAUAAAAAAUCAUAUAUGUGAACUGCUGAGUGGAGAAUUAUAUGAAGGAAGAUCAUCGCAGUUAUAUACGCAAUUUUUGCAGUUACUAAGAGAAAGCUAGAAAAAAUUCAGGCUUGUACGGGAUUCGAACCCUACCUCUGCGAUACCGGUGCAGAGCUCUAUCAAUUAAACUAACAAGUCAACUGAAAAAAAUUCAGGCUUGUACGCUGUACCGGUAUCGCAGAGGUCAAGGGUUCGAAUCUCGUAAAAGCCUGAAUAUUUUUCAGGCUUUCUAUUCGCAGCUGCAAAAGUUGCGUAUAUAACUGCGAUGAUCUUCUUUCACGUAAGAAAUUCAUAUUCUUACGUAAAAAUUAACAAAAUACUAUAUAUCCUGGGAGCAGGUAAAAAACGAUAAAGGCGCACUUGAGCUAAAGGCCCAAACGGCUGGGGCUUAUCCCAGUUUUCUUAGCAUGAAACAUGCCCAGAAGAAUUGCUACUUCCCCCUGGACGGGAUGCUAGUCCAUCGCAGAGUUACCCCCAGCAGUAUAUCACUGGUACCCAUUUAUACACCUGGGUGAAGAGAGACAAAGUGGAGUAAAGUUCCUUGUCUAAGGAAAGAACGCUACGGACGAGGCGUGAAUCCUACACCUCCAGAUCCGGGUUUCGAGGAGUUAACAUACCCUGAAUAUAUACCCUGUUUUAUGUUAUUUUGAUGCCAGUAUACCCCGAAAUACUGUCAACAAAAUACCACAUAAAAAGGUCUUAAAAUAUACCAGUGAUACAACAUGCUUAUACUGGAAUUUACUAAAGUCAACUAAUCCUAUACAUUUUAGUUCAGUUUAGUUAAGUUUAUUUCAUUUAAUUUAGUUUACUUUAGUUUAGUUCACAUAUUGUGCACUUUUCAUGAUUACUUGUAAUUUUUUAGUAUGAAAAAUGUUUAUGUUUUUUUUAGAAAACUCUAACGGGCUGAACUCAAGUACCUCACUGAGACAAAGUGCAUCUAGACCCACACGAAGUAAACUCACAACAAGUCAAGUUUCAAAGAAGGUAACAUCCAGUCCAAGUUCCCCUCAACCAAAGGACAUCCGACCGAGCAGCGCCACAACGACUAAACCACAGAAGCGCCAUCUUGCCUCAAACGUGCCCCUGUCAUGUUCUCAACAACUUCAGGGGAAAACAUCAACAACUACUACUGAGGAGCGAACAGCAAGUUGCCAAUCUGUGAAAAGUCUGGAAUCAAGUGGAUUGUCCAAGACAUCAACGAACAAUGCUCCUAACACCAAAAGUAAGGCAAAUAUUACUACUGUGACAGGACCAGCAAAUUCCCAGUCUGUGAAAAAUCUGGAAUCAAGUGGAAUUUCCAAGUCAUCAAAGGACAAUGUUCUUAACACCGCAAAUGAGGCAAGUCAACGAAUCAGCCAGCCUGCAAAGAGACCUCAUUCAAGUCCCUCUUUGAAAAAGAGUUCAUCUGAUACAACUGUUGGGGCAAAACCAACGACGAGCGGGCAUUCAAAGAGGCCAACAUCAAGUCCUACGACAGGGCACAAGCAACAGCCGACUAAAAGCUGCCAGCCUGAACGACCCAGUUCAAGUUCUUCAAUAAAAGAAAAUCUGCCUAUUACAAAGAACAAAGUGAGGGCAACUCAAACAUGUUCCCAGCGUACCGUGCGGCACCCCUCAUCGGGCCCAUCUAACGUCAAGAACAGCGCAGAGACAAAGCAAACGGGCCGUGAGCCUAAAAGACGGCCGCGAUCAAGUCCAGCUUCUAAAGGUAAACAGAUCGAGGCCAACAAUGAGGUGAUCAAACGGCCCAUAUCUAGUCAUUUGUCAAAGGACGAUAUGCCCAAGACAACCAACACAGAAAAACGAAAGAGCUCUCGGUCUCUUAAGAGCCCUGUGUCACGUUCUGCUUCUGCAGAGGGCAACCCAGCCAAGAUCGUUGAGACCUGUAAAAUCAGGCAGCACGCAGCUCAGGAAAGAAAGGCCGACCCUACCGACCAGCCCAUAGUCACCGAAGACAUUAAGAAGGUUCUUGAGGACGAAGACUCCCCCAAGAGAGAAGUUGUUGAGGAUAAGUUUCAGUCAAGAUCUCUGGUAAUUGAAUAUUGUACAGUUCCUUUAAUUUAUAAUAACUAUAAACAAGAAAACAAAUGGAACAUUUUCUAGUUACUUCAGUUACGAAUUGUGAAGCUCAAAAAACAAGAAUCCCUUGUGGGGAUGGGGGCAGGUUUAACGUUUUGUUUGCGUGUCUUUGCAUCAUAAAUUAAACCACUGUCAACUUAAGAUCAGCUCUACAGCCACAAUCACUGAGAGGGGCACUUUUUGCGAUACGCUCCCCCAUUGAAGAAUAUCAGUCGAAUAGCUCCAUAUAUAGAAGUUGUAGUACCUACAACUGAAGCAAAUUCGCUGAUUGUGAUCAUUGUAAGCGAACGGACAAAAAAUGCGCUUAUUUCUUUUAACAGGAGUCGUCCGCCUCGGAUGCGGAGCUAGACUAUUUUGUAGCUGACAUUAUCCAGUCACAGCUAAACCUCGUUCAAAAGAAGACAUCUCCAGAGAAGAAUCCUAACGUUCUCAACUCACAGCCUGCUACCAUGAGCUCACCCACUGAAAGGACAGGUAACUACAUGGACAUUUCUACGGCUAUCAUACUUUUAUCAGUAGUUAUCACUGUUCAAAACCAGGAUUCGACAGGAAAGGCCCCCACGUUUAUCAUAAAUGGGACCAAAAAUAAAGAAUGCAAGAGAUAGCAUCCCUUUUCUAAUUAAUACACAUAUCCCCUUAAUAUAAACAACGCUAAUUGAGAGAUUUUCUCAAAUUUAAAAAUUGGUUAGAGACCAUUUGUUCUGAACUUUUAGAAGAAAUUUUCGAUGACCUUUUUUGGAGGAAGAAUGACUUUCCAGUUCAGUUAUUGUUUUGGUUGGUUCUUAUUUGUGAAACAAAUCUUCUUCCCUUACAGGUUUUGAGCAAGGUGCGUCAUUCGUGGGUACUCCAAAAGGCGAUGCCAUUGAGGAUGACGGUAGCGGCUGUCAUCAGGAAUCGAACAGCUCCAUAGAAAGUUCUAACAACGGUGAAGCGGAAAUAGCGGCCAACGUCUCCAAAAUAAGUCCAUCCCCUUCAUCUCCGACUGUUACAAAGGUGAACGAGAAAGCCGAAGAGAACGGCAGUACAUCAACCACUGCAGGUGGUGUUCUAACCAUCUUUCCAGAAGAGAAUGCUCAUAUCGAUUCUAUGGAGCCCAUGCGAGUGUCUAAGCCUAUUCAAGAUGGUCUGUCUUCGACAGACGUUAACACUCUAGUGCAUUUUGACUGCACCGAUGGAAAGAAGAAUCCUGGGAGCUUGAGAUCGUCUCCAGGUGCAACGAAAUCUCAAGAAAAGAUUGAUUUGGCUGUUGAGCGUAAGAGUAGCAAGACGUCCAUCGAUGGACGAAAACCAUCUCGUACCCCGACAGCUUCUAGGUCGAGUGCAAAGAUUAGCAACUUGUCAGCCGGGGAUUCGGUAGAUGGUUCAUUUCCUUCACAGACUACAUGCUCAAACAGUAGGCCUUGCAGUAGUCGUUCCACUACAGAUACCUCUAUGAGAUUAAACCAUCGGAAAUCAGGUCAGAGGCCCUUGUCUGCUGCAAAAGUGCCAGAAAGAUCAAAGUCGAGUCAGAACAAGCCACAUUCAAGCGCGAGGUCAUUUUCUGAUCCAAAGGUGUCUGAUGUAACAAAGUCACUAACACCAAGCAGAAAAUCGUCUCAUGGUCAGUCAUCCAGAGUGCAAAGUGCAGACAAAAAACGACAACUGACACCGACGAAUAUAAGGGGCGAGUUGAAAUAUGACAAGGUUGGAAAAAUGAGCGGCUCUCAAGAAAUGAGCGGACGAAGCUCCUCAGCCACCAUGUCAAAGCGGUCAGUGAGCCGCAACUCCUCCAAAUCUGCAGGAACGACAUCCCCGACAUCUCCUACACCUUCAGUUGUGAAGAAAGAACUGGAUAAGUCUAAGUCUGAUGACAAAAUACACCAAACGCCUAGUGAGCAGAAAGGUGUGGUCAAGGCGCAAUCUUCCUGUUAUGAAAGAGCAGAAAAGGCCAAAUCAAAUGAUAAAGGGAAGAUUGAUGGACACCAUGGCCAGAAUAGCCCAUCUGCAAGCAGUCUGCCUAUAAAAGAAGAUUUUGAAAAACGUCCAAAAAGCGGAAGAUCAAUCAGCAUGGGGAGUAAUGCGUCUAUUGUCAAGUCGGAGGAGCGCUUGAGUAACCCUCGAAAUUCAUCUUUAAAGAGUUCACUAAAUGGCAAAGUCAUCUCUUCACGACAAAAGACACGUGCGCGUUCUACAAAAGAGAACUCUGGAAGUGUUCGCAGCUUAAGAGAGGCACCAGGAGAAUUUGAGGUGCUGGGUUCUUCGAAAACAUUGCAGUUUUCCUCUCCUUCUUACCCAGAGGUGCGACCAAGGAACUCAAGAAGUAAAACCUCUCUGAACAAGAUGGAAAUGUUAAACAAUGAUAAUGAACUAAAGAAGGAGACUUCACUUAACCCAUCCUCGGGGAAGCUACGCAAAUGUUCACCCACUUAA